AUGGAGUCCAACCAGACUAUCGCCUACAUCUCUGAUGUUGGAGCGCAAGAACUCAAGCCUCUGUUCAUUGCUAUGGGCGCUGCAUCCGUCGUGACUUUUGAUCUCGUCUUCAUCAUCGAGCGCUGGUUGCGGCAUCGUGGCCGUCUCCACCCAAACACUUCGUGGUGGCAGAAGACUUGGUCUAUCAUUGCGAUUCUGGGUGCGAUUGUUGGUGCAGCAGGUCUGAUCCUUCUCGCCAUCUUCGACACUCUCAGACACCCUACGCUGCACGAUGUUUUCCUGGUACUCUUCAUCGGUGGCUACAUCGUGUCUGCCAUCUUCGUCUGCAUCGAGUACCAGCGCCUCGGUGUCUACCAUCGCAAGAGCAAACUCCUCCGCGCGUCUUUCUACGUGAAGCUCGCCUUCAUCUUCGUUGAGCUCGGCCUGGCCAUCGCCUUCGGCGUCCUGGGUAACCGGCACCACCGCAACUCCGCCGCCAUCAUCGAAUGGGUCAUCGCCCUCAUCUACGCCUUUUACGUCUGGUCUUUCGCCAUCGACUUUAUCCCUGCUCUACGCACCAAGCACCACCACAGCAAGGAGAGCGCCAUUGCGAUGGCCGAGGCGGGCAACAACUCGGGCAGCAGCCAGACCGGCUUGUAUCAAGACCACUACGUCGGCACGGGCGCCCCUGGCCCGAACGUGUACCCCAACUCAAACGCCAGCGCUACCAGACACUAUGCCAACGGCGCCCCAACCAACUACGUCAACAGCCACCCCGACCACCCUGGAAUCCACGGUAGCACCUACCACCCCGACGGCCAUCCUGAGAACGCGAAGCCCGCGACCCAGGCGUACUUCUAA